UUUCCUCGGUAUUCCAUAAGAAUAUUCCGACGGAAUGAUAUUUCCUCGGAAUUCCGUCGGUAUAUUCCGAGGAAAUUCCGAGGAAACCAAAUUUUGUGUUUCCUCGGAAUAUCCUCGGAAAUUCCUCGGGAUUUUCCGAGGAUUUCAUUUUCCGUCGGAACGUCCGUCAGAAUAUCGUUGUUUUCUUGUAGUGCUAUAUAGGCCAAUGAUUAACACUAACAUGAUUCCCUAAUACUCCACACAAAAGAGCUAUUUGAUAUUUGUGUUGUCUGAUGAGAGCCUUGUGAUUAUCUUCAAUGGUUAUAUUUGGUAAUAUAGAAAGUCUUUUAAGGAUUCAGCACAACUUCAUGUCUUUUUACUUUUUAAGAAUCCUAAUUCGAAAAUAAAAUUUGCUUAAUAACUCAAAAAGACAUGAAAAGCAAAACUGUAAAUUAGAAACAGUCGUCGUCAUGGAACAAGAACUUGGAUGCAUGUCUGUCAGAAUGAACAUUUCCAUUCCUGGUUGGACUUCCGGAGAAGUGCUAACUGUCUAUCUCAUCCAUGGCUUCUGGAGCUGUUUUCAAUUUGUCUGAUUCUAGUCUUCUCAAAAUCCUUCAAGGUGACAUCACCGAGUGGUCCGUGGAUGCGUCCUCCGAUGCUAUUGUCAAUCCAGCAAACAAGCGAAUGCUAGGUGGUGGUGGCGCCGACGGAGCAAUACAUAGAGCUGCUGGGCCACAGAUGAGAGCAGCAUGCUAUGACAUCCCUGAAGUUCGUCCUGGAGUGCGUUGUCCAACUGGUGAAGCAAGAAUCACACCGGGUUUCAACUUGCAUGCAUCUCAUGUGAUCCACACUGUUGGACCCGUCUAUUACUCAGACGUCAACCCUAGAGAGUCCCUCACCAGCUCUUACAGAAAUAGUCUUAUAGUGGCGAAGGAAAACAACAUCAAGUACAUUGCAUUUCCUGCCAUAUCUUGUGGGAUUAAUGGAUAUCCUUCUGAUGAAGCUGCUGUGAUCGGUAUAUCAACGAUCAAAGAAUUCGCCAAUGACUUUAAAGAGGUGCAUUUUAUUAUGUCCGCGGACGAUAUUUAUAACGUGUGGGUAAACAAAGCAAAUGAGAUGCUACAAGAAGCUUAAGAUUCCAUCUGCCGCCUAAGUGAAUGACCAAGUAAACAUGAGUAAAUAAGACUUUGUUAUUUUGUGUUAGUGUGAUGAGAGCCUUGUGUUAUACUCAACACAAAGGAAACAUUUGCCGUUAUGUGUUAUGUGAUGAGAGCCUUGUGAUAUUCCAUACAAUGUUAUAUAUGGUCCUUUGGAUUUAAGA